AUGAAUUCAGUUCUACAAAUGUUGUAUAAAUUAGAAUAAUUUAUGCUUGAUAUAGAUGAAAUUUACACAAAUUCAAAAGAGAAUAGUUUUUUAAUAACUUAUUACUUUAUGGAAACAUUUUAUCUAAUGAAUAAUUAAGAAAUGAAACCAGAAUGGCUCAAUCAAUUUAGAUAAGUUAUUAGGUAAUAAAACUUAUCUAUAAAUAAGCUCAUAAUUUCCAUAAUUUAAACUUAAUGAAUAAUAGGAUGCUUAAGAAUUUCUAUUAGCACUUCUUGAUAUGUUACACGAAGAAUUAAGAAAUCCAAAAUGUGGUAAAAUGCCUAUAUUUGAAUUUCAAUAAGAUGGUUAAGUAAUGUUAACAUCACUUGUUAGUUAUCUUGAAUUUGAAAAUUCUCCAAUAACUAAACAUUUUGGUAAUAUCAUUAGAACAUAAAUUAUUUGCCAAUCUUGUAAUUGUAUUCAUUAUCAUAAUUAAUUAAGAUAGCAAUAACAAAUUAGAAAUUGCCUUCUCACUCCUCAUUAAUGUAGAAGGCAGUAAAAAUACAGUUUUAGAAAUGCUUUAAUAAUCAUUUAAUAAAGAAGUUGUUAAAAUGAAAUGUCCUAAGUGUGAAUUAGAAAAAAAAUUUAUUAAAUAAACUACUGUUAUAAAAUAUUCAGAAUAACUUAUUAUAUGUUUAAAUAGAUAUAGAAUUCCUGGUGGACUUAUUGAUAGAUGGUUAAAUGGAAAUGAAAUUUAAAAAAGUACUAAAUAAAUUACUUUAAACAAUAAAUUUAUUAUUGGUUAAUCUGAAAAGACUUUAAUUGGGAUUGUUGAUCAUAGUGGUAAUAAAGAUAAAGGACAUUAUCGUUAUUUUCAUUUAAGUGGUAAUGAUUGGGUUUGCUUUAAUGAUGCUAAAAUUAAUUUACUAUGUGAAUAAUCAAUACAAAAAUUAAUUCACCAAAAUGAAACUUCUUACAUUUUGCUUUAUUCUUAAUAAUAAUAAUAAUGA